UAUCCCACUCUUGUGUUAUUAGCAGGUUUUUCUGUAAAUACGUGCAAAAUGUCCGAGACAAAUGUGGGUUCCAAAGACCUUAAUCUUGUGGAUAAUGAUCAAAAAGUUGAAGUAAACAAUGACUCAUCUUCACAAGAAAUCCCAAAGGAUUUAGAAAAAGCAGAGGACAAUCCCAUGCCCACACAAGCCCAAGAGGAAGCUGUAAUCAAGAAAAAAUAUGGUGGAUUACUACCAAGAAAAACCCCUUUAAUCUCAAAGGAUCAUGAUCGUGCUUUCUUUGAUUCUGCAGAUUGGGCACUAGGAAAGGGGUCACAAAAGAGCAAAGGACCUUUAGAGGCACUACGCCCAAAAUUGCAGCCUACGCCACAUCAGCAAGUUCGUUCAAGACGAUCAUCCUACGCCCCUGCAGAUAUUAUACCCUCUGUUGUAUGA